AUGGCAAAUAGGUUUGAAUUUCUAAAGGUAGAACAAUAUGUUGAUGACUACCACCAAACCUUUGAUUUUAAAAGUAUGAAGGCAGUGCAUGUCAAAUACAACAUCAAAAACACCCUUUGUGUUGAGAGGAGUUUCAGAGUUAUUUACCCAAUAGAUAGCAUUUUGUCCGAUGUCAUUCGUAACCUUAAAUCACCCACUAAAUAUACUCUUCUAAUGAACUUCGUUGCCCCAAAAACUAAGAAAGAGUUUCAGAAGUUUUUAGAGGCUCUGAAAAUCAGAAGGGCCGAUAUAUUUUUUCUGAGCAGCCCUCAACUGCAUCAAUCUCUCUUACCAGCUAACCAGAGGAUCCUUUCAAAAGUAGUCGCAAGAGUGGGUAAAGUUUUUAAGCUAACUGACUUUCGAAUUUCUCGGAAGCUAUUCCAAUCAAUCAUCUCUGCAGCUGCACACAUCAAGGAAGUAAUGUUUCUGACCUGAAUCAUCGACUCCCUAGAAGUCAAGUUCAGCCAGAAUGCUCAAUACAAGAUAGAAAUUUUAAAUUUUUCAUAUUCCGGUGAUUCCAGAAACAGCAGAUGGAACGAAAAGAUGCGGAAAUUUCUCGACAUACUCCUAGCCAUCAACAAUAGUCCUCUUAAAAACUCCCUGAAGACCAUUGACGUGACCGGAUGAGAAUUGCUAGAUGAAGAGAUCAAAUCCCUGGUAAAAAAAGCUGAUCUUAGAGGUAUCAACUUUACAUGGCCAAGUAGUAAUUGGAUAGACUCCUCUUUUAAAUUAUAACUUCCGAUCUUUCAAUCGUA